AUGUCGUCGCUCCCGCCCGUUUACAUUGUCUCAGCCGCCCGCACGCCCACGGGCAUGUUCUUGGGCUCCCUCUCGAGCCUGAGCGCUGUCCAGCUGGGCUCGCAUGCCAUCAAGGCUGCUGUUGAGCGUGCCGGCAUAAAAUCCACCGACGUUGAGGAGGUCUUCGUCGGCAAUGUCCUAUCUGCAAACCUUGGCCAGAACCCCGCCCGCCAGUGUGCCAUUGGCGCUGGCCUCCCAGAAUCUACCGUAGCCACCACCAUCAACAAGGUGUGCGCCUCGUCUAUCAAGGCGCUCAUUGUCGGCGCCCAGACAAUCAUCACCGGCAAUGCCCAAAUCGUCGUCGCCGCCGGCACCGAGAGCAUGUCCAACACGCCCCACUACCUCCCUAACAUGCGCAAUGGCGCAAAGUUCGGAGACCAGUCGCUGGUUGAUGGUGUGCUCAAGGACGGCCUGACAGACGCAUACAAGAAGGAGCACAUGGGGCUCCAGGGAGAGGAGUGCGCUGGCGACCACGGCUUCACGCGUGAGGACCAGGACGAGUACUGCAUCCGCUCGUACAAGAAGGCCAAUGCCGCCCAGGAGGCUGGCUGGUUCAAGGAGGAGAUUGCCCCCAUUGAGGUGGCCCAAGGGCGCGGCAAGCCUCCAGUCGUUGUCGACGCUGACGACGAGCCCAAGAACUUCAACGAAUCCAAGACGCGUACGCUGAGGCCCGUGUUCAAGCCCAAGGACGGAACCGUGACUGCUGCCAACGCGUCACCACUCUCUGAUGGGGCUGCUGCCCUUGUCCUCGCUUCGGAAGAGGCUGUCAAGAAGCACGGCCUCAAGCCGAUUGCGAAGAUUCUCGGAUGGGGUGACGCUGAGCAGAACCCCUCCAAGUUCACCACGGCCCCCGCCCUCGCCAUGCCCAAGGCGCUGAAGCACGCCAACGUGGAGCUGUCGGCUGUCGACGCUUUUGAGAUCAACGAGGCGUUUAGUGUUGUUGCCCUGGCCAACAUGAAGAUCCUGGGCAUUUCGGAAGACAAGGUCAACCUCCACGGCGGUGCCGUUGCGCUGGGCCACGCGCUCGGAGCGUCGGGGGCCAGGAUCACAACGACCCUGCUCGGUGUGCUCAAGGAGAAGAAGGGCAAGAUUGGCUGCGCCGGCAUCUGCAAUGGCGGCGGUGGUGCCUCUGCCAUUGUUGUCGAGUCGCUGCAGUAGAUGUGUUGUGUCCGUAGCCACGACGCCUCAUGUUCAAACGAAAUAAAUCUUAAUUAUACCC